AUGGUCAAAAAAGUGAUACCUCCGCCUUCGAGUCCACCAAGAAAAGCGGUUUCAAAAAAAAGAAAGAAAGACGAAUCAGGUCCGGAAAUCAACUAUUUACUGAUGAGUUCUGUUAUCCAAGACCAAACUGGAAACAGCACAAGUGCUAUACAGGACUCGUUAAAGGACGUUGGAGUUACCGUUGGAGUUAAAACUCAGAGGGAUUGUUUGCUUGGAUUACUGUCUCGGCAUGUGAUACGGAAGAAGCCUCGAAUGUCCAAGAGGCUAGUCCCAGACAUCACCCCAAGAUGCAAAGACAACCGAUUUGUAGAGGCCCGCGACAUCGAAAUUCCCAGUCAGCUAUCCGAUGAGGGUCCUAAUUAUUCUCUAUUUUCAAACCCCGACCUUGUGGAGAUGAUUCGUGGUGUGGGACUUGAUGCCACUGAUUUUGAUCGCACAAAUCUCAUCAAGAUGUGUAAGACAUAUAGUGAAUUGAACUCGAGUCGGGAUCAAUCCCAACAGCCUGUGGCAGGACCAUCGGUACCCACAAUUCGAAGUUCAGAGCCCAAAGAAGUUCCAGACUCGAGCCCGGAUCGUUCCAAAUCCCAACAGCCGGUUGCAGGACCAUCUGUAUCCUCCAUUCGAAGUCUUAAGAACAUCCGCUCAAAGAAGCCUGGAGUGCGCUCAAUCAAAAAGUCGUUGCCAAAACCAAGAAAAUCAGGAAAGGGCAAACUCAAAGCACGUGGAAGCGAUGACUACACAACAUCUCACUCUGGAAGCGAUGACUACGUACCAUCUAACUCUGGAACCGACAACUCCAAUCCAUCAGACACCUACAUCAGCGAAGCUAGUGAUGAUGAAAAUUCAAAUACCAGACCCAAUACUUCGCGCGACACUUCCAGGCCCAAAGGAAGGCAGAAUAGCAAAGGCACCUUCACCCUUGAUAGCGUACUUGAGUCUGGAGAGUCUCUGGAAACAAACUCAAUUCCUGAAGCACGAGAUGGACCAGACGAUUCGAAUCCCAAAAAACCAUCAAAAAAUGAGUCUGAUAAGCUAGAAACUGGAAGUGCGGACUGGGUCAUUCAAAGGAUUUAUAAGCUCGAAGCUCACAUAGCAAGGACAGACAAGAGACUUGAGGCGAUAUCAGAAAAGUUUGAUAUUUUAUCUGACAUUGUUGACAAAAGAAUUGGGACAUGCUCUCCAAAGGGCAGUGGUACUAAGUCACGCGGUGGGCAAACUUCAGUCAGUUGUUUUUCUAUGCGCUCAGUCUUGAAUCAAGAUUAA